AUGGUGGGUGGGCUCACGGUGGCCUCUGUGGUGGCCUGCGGCUCAGGGGCCGGCCCGCUGGCUACGGAGCCAGCAGCAGGUGGUGCAAAGGGCAGCAGCGGUGGGGCGGGACCCUGGCAGUGGCCAGCCACAGUGGUGGUGGAGGCAGGGGUGGUGGGUGGGGCUGUGAGACAUGCCACAGCUUUUAGUCAAGUGUGGCUCUGCUUCCAGAGGCGCAUGGCUGGCAGCUGGCGAACGGUAACCCGCAGGAGCCGCUCAAGGGAGCCGCGCUCGCUCUCUGGAGCCACGCUUGCAGGACUCGCAGCCCAGGAUGCGGCGCCAAAAGCUGAACCUGUGGUGCAGACAGUCCUCUCCUCCUAUCGCAGGCUCCAGGAGAUGGAGGCUGAAGGGCUGCCCCAGACCAGCGGCUGCUGUCCUGUGGCCCUGGGGAAGCUCCUGCCAGGCCUCUGCUUCCUCAGCUGCCUAGUGACCUACGCGUUGCUGGGUGCUGCGCUCUUCUCCGCGGUUGAGGGCAGCCGGGUCCAGGGGAUAAAUGAUGACCCUGAUUUCCAGAGGUUCCUGAAUGAGCUGUGCAGAGUCCUGAACUGCACCAAGGCAGCUUCGGAAGAUGAAAAACUGAAAGUGCUGGGACUUCUAAAGAAGGUGAAGCCUGAGCUGUGGGCCCAGAAGGCGGAAGACUGGAACUUCCUGAGUGCACUCUUUUUCUGCUGCACAGUGGUCAGCACGGUGGGUUAUGGCCACAUGUUCCCUGUCACAAGACUUGGCAGGUGCCUGUGCAUGCUAUACGCCCUCUUUGGCAUCCCCCUGAUGUUCCUGGUCCUCACAGACAUAGGUGACAUUGUGGCAACUGUUUUAUCCAAGUCUUACAAUCGGCUCCGAACACUCCCUUUCUUUCUCCAUUCUCCAUCCAAGUGGUGCCCCCUACUGCACUGCCAGAGAAAGCCUGACUCCAGACCUGCAGACGAAGCCAUGCCUCAGAUCGUGGUCAGUGACAGAGAGCUGCCUAGCCCCAAUCCUGGAAAGUGUCAUUCAGCCCCAGGCUGCAACACAGAACUGUUUGAAAGAUUGGUCACCAGACAGCAAGAGCACUUGCUGCAACCGCCCCCCUGCACCCUGGAAAGGAGCAGCUCAUGCCCUGAGCUGGGGCUGGGAAGGCUCUCCUACUCCAUCAUCAGCAACCUGGAUGAGGUGGGACAAGAAGUGGAGAGGCUGGACAUCCCCCUGCCCGUCAUUGCCCUUGUGAUCUUUGCCUAUAUUUCCUGUGCAGCUGCCAUCUUGCCCUGUUGGGAGACACAGAUGAACUUUGAGGAUGCCUUCUAUUUCUGUUUUGUCACACUGACCACCAUUGGAUUUGGGGACAUUGAGUUAGCUCACCCGCACUUCUUCUUGUUCUUCUCCAUUUACAUCAUCGUUGGGAUGGAGAUUGUGUGUAUUGCUUUCAAGUUGAUGCAAAACAGGAUCAUUGAGGUUUACAAAAAUCUCAUGCUGUUCUUUGCAAAAGGGAAGUUUUACCACUUUGUUAAAAAGUGA